GUUGGAUGCUUUUUCACUUCACGAAGUUUCCAAUAUCUCACGCGGACGGUUGCGUGCGUGUCCCCUUCUCCAUCUUAGCACUGUUACGGGGACACACACCGGUCUGCCCCACUCUCUCUCGCUUUUUCUCAGAGAAUAGUAGAGAUUCUCCCUUUGAAUCAUCGGUCCAAACUCGCUCUCUAGUCGUAGUUCUUGUAUCGAGGGCAGAUACUUCUGCGGAUAUGGAUCAGGACCAGCGGGGCCAGGUCGGUUGGGCGAGAUCCCCGGAGUCGCUGGCGGAGUCUCGGGAGAAUCUUCGGAUAGGUUCCGAGAAUACAGGCGAGGUUCCUGUCCGGAUCGAGCUCGAGAUUGGUAGUGGAAGCGGCAGUGAUAGCAAAGAAGUGGACAAUAAAGAGGUCGGCAAUGUGGGUUCGUUGGACAAUGGUGGCAGCAGCUCUCCAGGUCAGAUUAAGUUGGAAAGAUCAAAAACCGAGAGGCAAAGACAUAACAACAUACAUGCUGAAGAAAAGCUAAAACUGUUGACCAGAAUGGCUACUGUAAAAGAUGAUGGAACGGUAGUAUUUGAAGUCCCAGCAGAUGUUGAUUCACAAGCUCUUGGUGCUGGAUCUGUUGGUGCUUACAAUGAUACUGUAUAUGCAGAGACUCUAGAUGCAACAGACCUUCAUUACAUACGACCACUGCAAAUAGUAAUGCUUAUUGUUGGCACACGUGGGGAUGUUCAGCCGUUUAUUGCAAUUGGCAAACGUUUGCAGGACUAUGGCCAUCGUGUUAGGCUAGCAACUCAUUCAAAUUUCAAAGAAUUUGUCUUGACUGCUGGGUUGGAGUUUUACCCUCUAGGUGGAGAUCCAAAAGUUCUUGCUGGUUACAUGGUUAAAAAUAAAGGGUUUUUGCCUUCAGGGCCUUCAGAGAUACCUGUCCAACGAAAUCAAAUGAAGGAAAUUAUUUAUUCUUUACUUCCAGCUUGCAAAGACCCUGAUAUGGAUUCUGGUAUCCCCUUUAAAGCGGAUGCAAUCAUUUCCAAUCCGCCAGCAUAUGGGCAUACCCAUGUGGCAGAGGCACUAAAAGUACCAAUUCACAUAUUUUUCACGAUGCCAUGGACGCCAACUAGCGAAUUUCCACAUCCUUUAUCCCGUGUGAAGCAGCAAGCUGGAUAUAGGCUGUCAUAUCAAAUUGUUGACUCCUUGAUUUGGCUUGGGAUUCGGGACAUGAUCAAUGAUUUGAGGAAGAAAAAACUGAAGCUUCGUCCUGUAACAUAUUUAAGUGGUUCACAAGGCUCUGACUCUGAGAUCCCACAUGGAUAUAUAUGGAGUCCUCACCUGGUUCCUAAGCCAAAAGAUUGGGGACCUAAGGUUGACGUGGUUGGAUUUUGUUUCCUUGAUCUUUCAUCAAAUUAUGAACCUCCUGAACCUCUUGUAAAAUGGCUUGGAGCUGGUGAAAAGCCUAUUUACAUUGGAUUUGGUAGCCUUCCUGUUGAAGAGCCAGAGAAAAUGACCCAAACUAUUGUGGAUGCACUGGAAAGCACUGAACAAAGGGGCAUCAUUAACAAAGGCUGGGGUGGCCUUGGGAACUCGUCAGAACCAAAGGACUCCAUUUACUUAUUGGACAACUGCCCUCAUGACUGGCUAUUCUUACAAUGCAAGGCUGUGGUGCAUCAUGGAGGUGCUGGAACUACGGCUGCUGGUCUUAGAGCUGCGUGCCCUACAACCAUUGUACCUUUCUUCGGUGACCAACCCUUUUGGGGAGAGCGGGUACAUGCAAGAGGAGUAGGUCCUGCACCCAUUCCUGUUGAGGAGUUUACACUUACGAAGUUGGUUGAUGCAAUAAAGUUUAUGAUAGAUCCAAAGGUGAAAUUGCGUGCGGUCGAACUUGCAAAGGCCAUGGAAAGUGAGGAUGGUGUCACUGGAGCAGUGAAAGCCUUUUUUAAACAUCUUCCUUGCAAAAAGCCUGAUCUCGAGCCAGAACCAGUGACAUCGAGUUUUUUCUCUUUAAGUAGAUGUUUUGGUUGUUCUUGAAAUUGUUGGUGGAUGUUGUCAGACCUAAUUCCAUGUAUUUCUUGUUCAAUUAUUUUGUCUUGACAGUGUAUAUAAUAGUAUGCCCUGUGUGGUCUCUGCUGAGAAGAGAGAGAGAGAGAGAGAGAGAGAGAGAGGAAACUGCUUGGGAAUCAUGUUCAUAAAAGGCCAUUCCUACUUCAAGAGUUGUAAUUUCAAUCUUUAUUCUAUUAAAAUAUGAUUUUCUUUUAUCAA